GUGACGUGGAACGCGUGAAUAAAAGUAUGAUUUCGAUGAUUGAGCAGGUGCUUGUCGAGUCCCCUCCAAAGUAGGGAAUACAGAUGAACAGACUAGGACGAUUGCAAAAUAGGGCAUUGGGGAUCGCGCGUAUAAAUAAACUGUAAAUGGUUCCAAGUGAAUCGUCGAUUCCCCAUUGUUCAGACCAUUCCAUCCGUUUAAUCAUCGCUUCGGCUUCAUCUUCCUCUCUCCUCUCUUCCGCAGCCUACCACAACAAUAAUGCUUGCAUUCGCCAAGAUCAUGCAGCCAGCCCUUCUGCUGGCACUUCUCUGCGUGCUCGCAGCCGCUCUUCCCGCGGACCAGGGCGCCAAUCUUGAAAGACGACAGGUGGUGAGUCAAGAGAAAGACAGAAGAACAAUGAACACCAAAGAGAAGAAUCUGACAGUGAUCCUGUUACCAAGGGUGUAUCAACUGAUCUGGGUCUCAACGCGGAAACCUAACAGCUCAACGCCUCAGGACAUGCACAGGGGCAAGCGGUCGGUGAGUUCGAAUGAUAAAAUGGAUACUUGAGGAAGGGAAAGCCAGGCUGACGAAGUGCGUGCAUUGACAGCUUCUCGGCGACAGACCUCCGCGAUGGCGAAAGGACAAGCGAGCAGAAGUGAGUCAUAGAGUCUCGACUGAGACAGGCAGAGCUGACCGUGAUCUGGUUUGUGAUCAAGGGGCUGGGAGUUGAUGUCGAUGUCGAUGCCGAUGCCGAUGCCGAUGUGUCAGUCGAGUUGUCGGCGUCGGCUUCGGCGUCGAUAAGCUGAUAUCGCAGUGGCUCCUGUCGGCAAUGGGUGGGAAAGCAGCCGAUGUUUAUCAUAUAUCUUUCAGAUGUGUUCCGUUGCAUGGAUCUGUCUAGUCGGCGUUUCAUCUGUCGCAGGAGUUUAUGGAAC